AUGGAAGAAGAAGAUGAUGAAGAUCAAAAUACUCAACCCUCUGAUUCUGAUGAACAUGAAACACAUCUCAAUGAUGAUGACGACGAUGAAUACCAGGCUGAUUCUUACCAAGAAGAUGCACAAAACAAUGAACAAAACGCUGCCGUUUCAGAUGAGACAGAUGCUGCAGAUUUACAUCAAUCUAAAACCAAUAGUUUCUCUCCGAUCGAAGAUCACAUUCCGACCGCCAUUGCAAUCCCUGCCAAUGCUACUACUAACAAUAUCGUCACCGUUGCCAUUCCGGCACGACGGAGAACCACUAUCUGGACAAAUGAAGAUGAAAUCAAGCUCUUGCGCGGUUUUCUUGAAUACGGAUUGGAGAAUCGAAUCUCCGGUCGCCGCCUUCAGCAACAAGACGCCUUCGCGUUCUAUCGUAAAAUCAAACCGAAAAUUCAGCUAAGUUGCGACAAAAAUCAAUUAAUCGAUAAGCUUCGGAGAUUGAAAAGGAAGUACCGUAACACUUUGAGCAAGGUCGAUUGCGGCCAGAAACCGGCCUUCAAAAGCCUACACGAUCGAUUAACUUUUGACAUUUCAAGAAAAAUUUGGGGCAGAAAUUCGGGGAGAAAGCAAACAUCGGCAGAGGAUAGCAUUCUAGACGAAGUUCUUGCGGAUAUUAAUCCUAAUUUCACUGAAACCAAAGUGAAAACAGAGAACCUCGAAGACAAAUACGAAGAGCGAGACGACCUUCAAUUAACAAAACGUCGUCGCACGGCGUUUCUAUCCGGCGAAGCGAGCAAUUCAAACGAGAUUCCAAUGAGGCCAAGUAGUGUACUCGACGAUUUCGGAAAAAUUUCAGGAUUGGUCGAGGAAGUAGCGAAGGGCUGCUUAACGCCGUUUUUCAAGGAGUUGAUGAGUAACGGAUGGCCGCCGGUUGGUCUCGCAAGAAGAAUUCCGAGUUCGAACGGCGGAGAGGAGGCGGAGGAGAGGUGGCGGAAACAACAAGCUAUAGAAAUGGAGGUUUAUUUGAAGAGAUUGGAAUUGGUCCAAGAAGAAAUUAAGAUUACAUUGGAGGAGUUGAGAUCAAAGGAAGACGAAAGUGAAAAUAAUAAGCUUCAAAACAAUAAUUAG